AAUCAAAAAUCUGAUAUCUAAAAAUAAUACCGGAAGUUGAAGAUUGCAAUACACUAAUCACACAAAAUGGCAAUGCUUGCAGAACCUCGAAGAAAACAAAAGCUUUCUAUUGACCCAAGAGGUUCAAACUGGAGCAAAGAUGAAUCUAAAUUUGGACAGAAGAUGUUGGAGAAGUUUGGAUGGUCUAAAGGAAAGGGACUUGGGGCCAAAGAAGAUGGGCUAGUAGAUCAUGUAAAAGUAUCUCUGAAAAACGACAAUCACGGUCUUGGAUGUGCUAAAAGUCAAGUAGAUAACUGGAUAGCACAUCAGGAUGACUUCAAUGCUCUCCUAGCUAACCUUAAUCAAUCUAAUACACCAAAUGAUACCCAAAAAGUGUCCAGUCUUGAAAACAGAUCUAAAACAUCAAAAAGUCGUGUACAUUACCAGAAGUUUACAAAAGGUAAAGACCUUUCUGCAAAAUCCAGUCAAGACCUUGAUUGUAUAUUUGGUAGACGUACAACAAAAACAGAGGUUCCUGUAGUCUCGGAAAAUCCAGAUAAUGAAAGUGAUAUGGAUCCCAAGGAGAAAGCUAAAGGAGGAUUUAUUACAGUUAACAGUGAACAGAGCAUUCAGGAUUACUUUGCCAAGAAAAUGACAAGUUUAAAAAAUAGCCGAAGUUCUAGUCAACCAGAGUUGCACUCCAUAUUGAAAGGUCAUGAUAAAGAAAAUGCAAGUUUUCUGGAUGAUAAAUCUUCGGAUGAUUCAGUCAGCAAUUCAUCAUCUAAACGAGUUAGUUUUAUGAUUGGUAAUGAGGAAGAUAGUAACGACAGUAAAUCAAACAGUGAUGAUGAAAGUAUAGGUUUGCAAAGUAGUGAUGAAGAGUUAGAUUCAAAGACCAUAAAGAAGAAAAAUAAAAAAAUAAAGCAUGAAAAGAUUGAUAACGACCGAACAAUAGAAAAAAAUGAGGUUGAAACUUGUCAGAAUGAUGUUAAAAAGGCAAAGAAACCCAAGUUAAGUAAGAAUGAUAGUGAUAUGGACACAGAGAAAAAAGUGGAAACAAGUACAAGUAACAAAAAAAGAAAGAAACGAAAGAUUUGUUCAGAGGAAGAUAAAACAGAACAUUUAGAGGAAACAGGUCAAAUUGAGUCAGAAAGACUUACUGGCAGUGAUGAAAGUAGUGGAGCAAGUGAAAGAAAGAAGAAGAGAAAGAACAAAGAUAGCAAGGAUGAAGAGUAUGUCGAUAAAAGAAUUCAGAAAAAAAAGUUAAUGAAUGCUUUAGGUAACUUUACAAAAGAACAUUGUCCUGAACUUGUUUUGAAUGAUAAAUUCAAUAAACAAAAAAAUACACCCAAAGGAAUUUCAAAUUCAACUUCAGAAGUAGAAAACAAAAAGAAAAAGAAAAGAAAAAAUAAGAAAAAGUCGACAGAGAAAAACAAAAAGAAAACUUCAGAUGAUAACUGCAGUUCAAAUAAACAGAGUGAUUUAGCAAAUAAAGAAGGAAAUUCAGGAAAAUCAAAGAGAAAAAGAAAGAAAAAUAAGAAAAGAGAACAAUCCAAAUCUAGCGAGGAAAAGUUAGAUGAAGGGAGUAAAGUGAGUUCGACAGAGACAGGACAAGGUACUGCUGUGACACCAAAAGUUAUGAAGGAAUUGCAAACUGCAUUUAAAGGAUCCAGUAUGACUAAUAUUGUAGGCUAUGCUUCACUGACAGGAUAUAAUGAUUCAACAAAGGUGGAUAAAAAGAUAAAAAAGAAAAUGAAACAAUUUAAGAAAAACAACUGAAAGCCUUUAAUUUAUAGAUUCAGUGGAUAUGUGAUGAAUUAUUAAAAUUAUUAAAUCUUA